AUGAUGAAUCGUAACAAAAUAGGAGUCCGUGAUUCGUCCGCAUCGAUGGAUCCGAAUAUGACAGAAUCAUCAACCAUUCCACUCCAAACACGACGCGAGAGUAUUUGGAAGAAAAAAUUCAUUUUGUUCAUAGCUUUUGGUAUAGCUCUUAUAUUAACCGCAAGUAUUCCAGCGGUUAAUAUUUUACUGAAGAAUAAAGAUACUACAGAUACGCCAACGACGAACAUAACGUCAACGACAUCCUUAGUAUACACGGUGCCAACAACAUCAACAAUAGUGAAUACGACGUCAACAGCAUCAACAGUACGGGCGACGAUAACAACACCAACAGUGAAUACGACAUCGGGAGUACCAUCAGUAUACACGGUAGCAACAACUUCAAGAUCGAUAAUAACAACGCUAACAGAAGAGCAUCUGCUACCUUCUGCUCACAAUUAUACUAGUCUUAAAUGGACACAAAAUGCGAGCACUGUUGCAGGAGGACAUGGAAGUGGUAGUAAAUUAAAUCAGUUGUCGAAACCAUAUGGCAUCGCGAUUGUUGAUGACGAUGAACAUCAAAUGAUUUACGUUACUGAUCACGACAAUCAUCGAAUCAUGGCAUGGGGAUUUAAUUCAAGCGAAGGGCAGAUUGUUGCCGGUGGCAACUUGCAGGGAACUGGUAUACAUCAAUUAAGUCAACCGACAGACGUGAUUUUCGAUAAGAAGUACGAUUCCCUCAUCAUUUGUGAUAAAGGAAAUAAACGCAUAGUGCGAUGGUUUCGUCAGAAGAAAACUCCCGAAAUAAUUAUUCCGUCCGUCGAUUGCUGGUCGUUAGCUAUGGAUAAUGAUCGAAAUCUAUAUGUUUCUCGGUAUUUAGAACGAGAAAUAAGACGAUAUACCGAAAAUGAUACGAAUGGAACACAGCUCACAAUUGGAUACAACAAUUCAAUACGAUUCAAUGAGCCUGCCUAUAUUUUUGUGAAUGAGAACCGUUCGAUUUAUAUAUCAGAUUGGGGACAUCAUCGAGUAAUAAAACAGAUGAUAAACGUGCUAUCGAACAGUAUCGUUGCCGGUGGAAAUGGUUUUGGGAAAGAUGAUCAUAAACUAACGUAUCCUCAAGGAUUAUUCGUUGAUCAUAUGAAUAAUCUUUAUGUAGUAGACGGAGGGAAUGAUCGAGUAAUGCGCUGGUGUAAAGGAUGUGAAACGGGUGAGAAGGUUGUUGGUGGUAAUGGAGGGGGAAACCAAGCAAAUCAAUUUAAUGGUCCCAAAGAUUUGGCAUUUGAUCGAAAACAUAAUCUUUAUGUUGUCGAUCGCGAUAAUCAUCGAGUGCAGAGAUUCGAUGUUUAUGUCAAUUGA